AUGAUCACCGCGAACGACGCAGAGCAUGCUCGCCUUCGCCGUCUUGCUGGCCCGGCUUUCCUCAAUGCUGGCAUCAAAGAAGUGGAACCAACAGUGCAGCACUAUGUAGAUUUGCUGUGCUCGCAACUGACUGAAGCUAGCAGCGAGGGUUCGCAAAACAUGGUGGAAUGGUUCCUCUGGUCGCUCAACGACGUUAUUGGGCAGCUGGCUCUUGACCAGGAGUUUGAAUGUCUCACCAAGCGUCGGAUGCAUCCCUGGCCGGAGUAUUUGCUGGAUGUCUUGAAACAGACAGCAUUGAUAAACCAGUUCCGAAGGUUUGGGAUCUCCCUCAAGAUGUUCGCCCCGUUCAUGAGCCAAGAGAUGAUCAAUGCUCGUGAUAACUUCCUCAACACUGCAAGCAACGCAGUGAAGGCGCGGCUCGCUCGUGAAGACGAGGAGGACUUUUCGACUGAGAAGAAGCGGCCGGACAUCGUCGGCCUGCUGCUUCGCGAGAUGAGGAACAGUGAGCGGCUCAGUGAAGCAGAAAUCACAUCCAACAGCAUCCUCAUUGUGGGCGGUGGAGCUGAAACAACCAGUACCUGUCUGUCUGGCACAUUUUAUCACCUGUUGAAGACACCACGCGUUAUGCAGAAAUUGAAGGAUGAGAUCCGCCGGACUUUUGCUUCAUCGGAGGAGAUCACUCUGCAAGCGGUUGGCAAGAUGGACUACCUGAAAGCUACCAUCGACGAAGCUCUGAGGAUUUUCCCUGUGGCUUCAUACAUUACACCAAGGAUCACACCAAAAGGCGGUCAUGUCAUCGCGGGGGAGGUUAUACCUGCGGAGACGUACGUCUCCAUGGGCCAGUGGUACAUGGGCCGCUCAGAGAAGCUAUUCAAUGAUCCUCUAGAGUUCAAGCCAGAGCGUUGGCUCGACACAGCCGACUCCGCUGAUCGAGUCGGUCCGAACGGCAUGACGCCUGACGAGUCUUUACGCCCGUUCAGUCUCGGCCCGCGAAACUGCGUUGGAAAGCUCCUUGCUCUUGCCGAAGCUCGACUUGUCACGGCCAAGUUGCUCUGGCACUUCGAUAUGGAACUAGACGGUGGACAUGAUGCCUGGAUCGAGGGCGCGCGUUUCUACAUUCUAUGGCAGCUCAAACCGCUCAUGGUCAAGUUAAAGCCGGUUGCGCGAUAG